AUGUACUCAGACGUGGUGCUUGGCAUCGAGCUGCACAACUUCGAGAAGCUUCUGGAGAGGUCCAAGAAGAAGCGAGGUGUGACGCAAGACCACGAGCUCCAGCCAAAGGACUUGGAGCAGCUGGUCAAGGACUACAAGGCCUGUGUUUAUCUGCAGCUCGGGGAGGAGUUCCCGGAGGAUCCACAACAGCAGCUCUGGGGUGCAGUGGGCGCUGUCUUCGGGUCUUGGAUGAACCAGAGGGCCAAGACCUACCGGAAGCUGCAUGAUAUCCCGGAGGAGUGGGGCACGGCCGUGAACGUUCAGGCGAUGGUGUUCGGCAACAUGGGCAACGACUGCGCAACGGGAGUUGCCUUCACCCGCAAUCCUUCCAACGGUGCCAAGGAUUUCUACGGAGAGUUCUUGGUCAACGCUCAGGGUGAGGACGUGGUGGCCGGCAUCCGAACACCCCAGGAGCUGACGAUCAAGGCUCGCAAGUCCCAUGGCAGCGACUUGCCGUCGCUGGAGGAGGUGAUGCCCGGGAUCUUCCGCGAGCUGGAAAACGUUCGGCACCAGCUGGAGAACCAUUACAGGGACAUGCAGGACAUCGAGCUUCUUGCCUUCAACGGCAAGCUCUACAUGCUCCAGACCCGCACGGGGAAGCGCACGGCCCACGCAGCCCUGCAGAUUGCGGUGGACAUGGCCAACGAGGGGCUCAUCAGCAAAUCGCAGGCUUUGAUGCGCCUGAAGCCGGACUUGAUUGACCAGCUGCUCCACCCGACGCUGGACCCCAAGGCCAAGAAGACCGUCAUUGCCAAGGGCCUCCCGGCUUCGCCAGGUGCAGCCGCUGGGAAGGUAGUCUUUUCGGCCGACGAGGCCGUCACCCGCUCCGAAAACGGCGACAAGGUGAUCCUUGUGCGCAUCGAGACAAGCCCGGACGACAUCCACGGCCUACACGCGGCGGAGGGUGUUCUGACGACUCGCGGUGGGAUGACAAGCCACGCAGCUGUGGUGGCACGUGGCAUGGGCCGACCCUGUGUGGCAGGCGCUGGGGAGGUGAAGGUCAACUACAGCUCGGCGUCAUUCGAGGUGGGCAAUGUGGUCGUCCGUGAGGGUCAGCUCAUCACCAUUGAUGGUGUCACGGGAGAGGUGAUGCUUGGAGAAGUCCCCACGGUGCCCCCGCAGCUUUCCGGUGCCUUUGGCACCGUCAUGUCCUGGGCGGACGAGUUCCGCACCAUGCAGGUUCGGGCCAAUGCCGAAACGCCGGCAGAUGCGCGCCAGGCAAAGGAGUUUGGCUGCGAAGGUAUCGGCUUGGUGCGCACAGAGCACAUGUUCUUCGAGGGCGGCCGGAUUGUGGCAAUGCGUCAGAUGAUCUUGGCAUCGGACAAGACGGACCGGCAAGCAGCUCUGGACAAGCUUUUGGCUAUGCAGAGGGAAGACAUCACCGAGUUGUUUAGGAUUAUGGACGGUCUGCCGGUGACAGUCCGUCUGCUGGACCCUCCCUUGCAUGAGUUCAUCCCGCACACGGAGGCCGAGAUGGGCCUGGUGGCAAAGGCAGCCGGAGUGCCUUUGGAUCGCGUACGUCGCCGCGCCAGCGAGCUCCAAGAGGCCAAUCCCAUGCUUGGCCACCGAGGUUGUCGCCUGGCCAUUACAUAUCCAGAGAUCUGCGAGAUGCAGGCUCGCGCCAUCUUCGAAGCAGCAGCAGAGGUCGGCCGCAGCGCCAAGAAGACACCGGUGGCCGAGGUCAUGGUACCUUUGGUGUCGACUCUGGAGGAGCUGGUUCAGCUGAAGAAGGUGAUCGAGGCAACGGCCCAGCAGGUUCAGAAGGAGCAGGGCGUGAAUUUCACAUAUCGCGUGGGCACCAUGGUGGAGCUACCCCGAGCUGCACUGCAAGCAGGUCGCCUCGCAGAGCAGGCGGAGUUCUUCAGCUUUGGCACCAACGAUCUGACCCAGACUACAUAUGGCCUAAGCCGAGAUGAUGCAGGAGCCUUCCUGCCUGAGUACAAGGCAAAGGGUAUCGUCGAGCAGGAUCCCUUUGUGAGCCUGGAUCAGGAGGGCGUUGGUGAGCUGAUCCAGAUCGCAGUGGAGCGCGGUCGCCGCAGCCGUUCGGGCAUGAAGAUGGGCAUCUGCGGAGAGCACGGAGGCGAUCCGGCUUCGAUCGAGUUCUGCGAGAAGACGGGUCUGGACUACGUCUCUUGCUCGCCCUUCCGC